AUGGUCAACUACAAAACCUGGUUAAAGGAUAUUAACGAUAACACUAAAAUUGGUACCCUUUCCAUUCCUGGUACCCAUAACUCUGCUGCUUGUCAUACGGCUUUGCCUAGUGUCCAGUGCCAGGGUGAGUCUGUGACGAAGCAAUUGGAGAACGGUGUUCGUUUCUUGGAUGUCAGAGUGGGCAAGUACCCAUUGAAGUCUGGCGAUGAUGCUAACGAGUUGACUGUCGUGCACAGCAAGUUCCCUGUGAGAAUUCCAUUCCCAAAGAAGUUUAGUGACACGUUGGAGGAGGUGAUUAAGUUUGUUGACGGUAACAAGUCCGAGACGGUUAUCCUUUCGAUCAAGCAGGAAGGUACCGGCGAGUGGAACAACGACAAGGAUGAGUUUGGUAACGUUUUCUGGGACAAGUACUUCAACCCUAACAAGGAUAAGUUCUACAGAGGCAACGACUUGCCUAAGUUGGGCGAUGCCAGAGGUAAGAUCAUUCUUUUCAGACGUUUUGGUGACAACAACCAGGACAGAAAGAAGGAGUUUGGUUUUGAUGCCCACACCUGGAAGUACAACUGUACUGAGGACGACAGAGGCACAUUUUGCGUCCAGGAUUUCUGUGAAAUCGAAAAGUCUGACGAUGUCACCAAGAAGGUUGACUACGUGAAGAAGUUGGCCACCAAGGCCAGUGAAUACAACAAGACCAACAGCGACGGUAAGCUUUUCGUGAACUUCUGCUCUGGUUCCAACUUCUUUGACCGUGAUUGCUGGCCUCAGCAGGUGGCCAAGGCCAUGGAGGAGCACAAGCUUCAGGACAGUUUUGGCAAGGGCAGUGGUAUCAUUGUGUUGGACUAUGUCGAGUCAAACAACUGGAAGAUGGCCAGAGAGUUGAUCGACAAGAACUUCUAG